CAUUUGAAGUGCAAAAUUUGCCAACGAAAAUUACCGAACUUUAUCCCACAUGGACAAUAGUGAAGAUGGAGAGACCGAGUCACGAUCCGGUCAAGACUGGGCCGAGUUGACUCACGAGUGCCUGAUCAACAUCCUUUCUCGGCUCACCCUGGAGCACCGAUGGCUUGGGCCCAUGUUCGUCUGCAAGUCGUGGAUGCACGCGUGCAAGGACCCGUCUCUUCACUCGGCGUUCGAUCUCGAGACUCGGUUCGACUCGGUGCUCGACUCGCCUCGAUGGUGGUCCACUGAGUUCGAGAGGAAGAUCGAUUCCAUGCUCCGAUCUGUCGUGGUCUGGAGCGAUGGGUCGCUCACGCAGAUUCGCACCAGGCACUGCUCUGACCGAUCGCUCUCUUACGCUGCCGAAAGGUGUCUGAAUCUUGAGGCUCUUUCAAUAAGGAGCUGCGCCAAUGUUACUGAUGCUUCCAUGGCUAUAGUAGCUUUUCGGUGUUCCUUGCUUAGGGAGAUUGACAUUAGCUAUUGCUAUGAAAUAUCUCAUGAAUCUUUGGCCUUGAUUGGAAGAAAUUGUCCUAACCUUAAAAUCCUCAAAAGGAACUUAAUGAAUUGGCUAGAUCCUUCCCAACAUGUUGGAGUUGUCCCAGAUGAGUACCUAAACGCUUGCCCUCAAGAUGGGGAUGCUGAGGCUGCUGCAGUUGGGAAAUAUAUGCCUUAUUUGGAGCACCUUGAACUUCGGUUCUCCAAGUUAACGGCUAAAGGGUUUGUUUCCAUAUCCGAAGGGUGUUUGGAUCUAGAGUACUUGGAUUUGUUUGGGUGUGCAAACUUGACCAGUAGGGAUAUUGCAAAUGGAACAACCAAUCUGAAGAAUCUGAAGGAGGUUAAAAGGCCUAACUUUUACAUACCCAGGUCUGUUUUUCACACUGAGAGGUAUGGUCACUGGAGGUUAUAUGAUGAGAGAUUCCAAACUGAUGUGUUUAGAAUCUAGUCAGGUUAUAAACUUGGGAACAAGCAUACUUGUGACCAAGUUACUGUGAUUUGCUUUCCAGCAAAAAACACAAAAAUUCUUAAUUUGAUAAGUUGCAGGAUUCCAUUUUGUGUCUGUAUAUUUGUGGAAAUGGUGUGUCAUUAUCUAUGAUACUAAUUACAAUGUUAUGAUUCUGUUUUGAAAUGAUUAUGUAUCUAUCAAAACCAAUAAUCAUGAUCAUAUAUGGUGAUACAUUGUUCAACGCAAAUGUUAUCUGUUAUGUAUAGUGUGUAUGUUCUAAGUCAAUUUGGUGUUUGGAGUA